AUUUUGUUCGCGGACGCUGGGGACGGUGGGAGCAGAUCCAUUUCCGGGUUGGCAAAAGGGGCGGCGGCGGCGGCGAGAAAGAGAGCCUGCUGGGGGGCGAGCGGGACAGGACCAAGCCGGAGCGGAGGUGGCGGAGGAUUCGCUCCCGGAGCAGCUGCGGCCAGGUAUAUGAGUGACCUAAAGCUGCAAAUAAAGACGGAGAGAGAGCAGUGCCAACUGGGAACAGGGCAAGGAUGCCAAUUCCUCCUCCCCCUCCACCCCCACCUGGUCCUCCCCCCCCUCCCACUUUUAAUCAGGCAAACACAGAGCCGCCCAAGCUGAGUAGAGAUGAGCAGCGGGGUCGAGGUGCCCUCUUACAGGACAUUUGCAAAGGGACCAAGCUGAAGAAGGUGACCAACGUUAAUGAUCGGAGUGCUCCCAUCCUCGAGAAGCCCAAAGCAAGCAGUGGCGGUUAUGGCUCUGGAGUAGCUGCCCUGCAGCCCAAGGGAGGGCUCUUCCAAGGAGGAGUGCCGAAGCUUCGACCUGUGGGAGCCAAGGACACUUCAGAGAACCUAGCUGGUAAGCCAGCCCUGCAAGUCCCCAGUUCUCGAGCUGCUGCCCCAAGGCCUCCAGUGUCUACAGCCAGUGGGCGUCCUCAAGAUGAUACAGACAGCAGCCGGGCCUCACUCCCAGAACUGCCCCGGAUGCAGAGACCUUCUUUACCGGACCUCUCUCGGCCCAAUACCACCAGCAGUACGGGCAUGAAGCACAGCUCCUCUGCCCCUCCCCCACCACCCCCAGGGCGGCGUGCCAACGCACCCCCUACACCUCUGCCUAUGCACAGCAACAAAGCCCCAGCCUACAACAGAGAGAAACCCUUGCCACCGACGCCUGGACAGAGGCUUCACCCUGGUCGAGAUGGACCUCCUGCUCCACCCCCAGUCAAACCACCUCCUUCCCCUGUGAAUAUCAGAACGGGACCAAGUGGCCAGUCUCUGGCCCCUCCUCCACCGCCUUACCGCCAGCCUCCUGGGGUCCCCAAUGGACCCUCCAGUCCCACUAAUGAGUCAGCCCCUGAGCUGCCACAGAGACACAAUUCUUUGCAUAGGAAGACACCAGGACCUGUCAGAGGCCUAGCGCCUCCUCCACCCACUUCAGCUUCCCCCUCUUUACUGAGUAAUAGGCCACCUCCCCCAGCCCGAGACCCUCCCAGUCGGGGAGCAGCUCCUCCACCUCCACCACCCAUGAUCCGAAAUGGUGCCAGGGAUGCUCCACCGCCACCCCCACCAUACCGAAUGCAUGGGUCAGAACCCCUAAGCCGAGGAAAGCCCCCACCUCCACCCUCAAGGACACCAGCGGGGCCACCCCCUCCUCCACCACCACCCCUGAGGAAUGGCCACAGAGAUUCUAUCACCACUGUCCGAUCUUUCUUGGAUGAUUUUGAGUCAAAGUAUUCCUUCCAUCCAGUAGAAGACUUUCCUGCUCCAGAAGAAUAUAAACACUUUCAGAGAAUAUAUCCCAGCAAAACAAACCGAGCUGCCCGUGGAGCCCCACCUCUGCCACCCAUUCUCAGGUGAAGCCUGGCUUGGUCCUGUUCCUCAGGAAAAGGAUGGACCUCCUCUUCUUCUCAGAUGGUCCCUUCCAUUCCCCGGAAACCUGCAUGAGAGCUCCUAACAUGUUUCUCCAGUGCAACCAACCCUAGACUCCAAGCGUCCUCCCAGCUCACCUCCAUCUAUGCAUCUCGUCUCUGGACUUGGUGAUCGGACUCUUGAUACUGAUAUAGGGUCUCAAACCCUGCAUCCAUCCUUCCUCUAGCAAGCCCUGCUAGCCAGAUGAGGAAAAAGCUUCUGUAUCUCCUGCUUUCCUCUUGGGGAAAGGUGCCUUGUUGUGAUGAAUUAACUUAUUGCUGGGGCAGGGCAGAAUGAUACUCCUUCCUCCUCCUCCCCACUGUGGGGGAAGCCUGGCGGGUAUAUUAUAUUUCAUCAUUUAGCAAGCCGGCAUGGCCAGGACUUCUGGGUGGCAGGGGAGCAUUUUUAGUGAAGCAGGAAAGGAGUUUGCAGAGAAGUGAUCUGUUUUAAAGGUCAGGUUUGGAGAAAGGGCAAGGAAAUGGGUCUGCUUUAUUUUUAGGGGCAUUUUGGUUUUGUUCUUACCCUAUCCCCCAGCCCAGGAAUAAGUUGGACAUAAACACUAAAAACUAAUCAGUUGAACUAAACAUUUAAUAAAAAGAGAGGGUGAAAUAAACUAAGUGAUUUUAGAGCUAGUCAGUUCCUCUGCAGCAAAGGGACUAGGAGCCAUUUGAGUCCCUUGGGACUCCCUGCCCCAUUUCCUCAGGGUGCUAGGCUGAGGGAUUUUUCCUCCCCCCCAUCCCCCACCUCCUCAUGACUUUUCAAGAGAAAAGUCACUUGUGGGGGUUUCAUUCAUUCCUGACUCACCAGCCCCAGAAACCUCUGGUGGGAGAGAGGAAGACAGGGCCUGGGCCUUGGCCUUAACCGCAAACUUGAGUCUGCCUCAGUCUUUUCUGACUGGCCCUGAGUGGUCAGUGGUUCUUUCAGUCCUUUAGCCCCUGGAGGGUGCUCCAGGAUGGCAAAGAAGGGAAGGGUGAAGCACCUCAUGGAAGGGCUCUGUGGGCUACAAAGGACUUUAGAGCCUGUUCAUACUGAAGUUCACAGCCCAUCUGACUGAGCAGACUCUUCCUUUCUCCACCACUCUUGCCUUCCCAAGACUGCAGGGGUUAACACAGAAGAGUAGAGAAGGCUGAGGAAGUAAGUUGAAGCUUAUGGGGACAUUCAGAGAUUCCUCUAUGCCAAGAAGCACAAAGAUGUUGGUGAGGUGUGCCUCAGUCCAGUAGAUCUUCCUUGGCAGCCAGCAAUACGUUGUUUCUUCGUCUUCCAGGUCCUAGUUAAAGAGCACAGAGAAAAUGGAGGUUCCUAAUCUAGGUAGGAACUGAAAGUGGAUGAGAAGACAGGGACCAGCAGCAGGAUGGAGCUCCUGGGCUCCACAUACCAGAUGCUUUGCUUUGGCUACAGCUGUUGUCAUGCGUAGAGGCUGUACAAAGCCUGGCAUGAGAAGAGGGAGACCAAUGGCUAUUUUUUAAAAUGAAUAGGGAAAAUUAGUUUAAAAUUUUCACCAGACACGUCACACAGGCUUAAACUACCUGAGGGACCUUUCCAAUCUAUUGGAUCACAGGCUAAGGAUCUGUACCUGGUGCCAGGUGAAACGCAGGUCUCCCCGUGCCAGAUGAGGGAGGGCUCAACUUGGGUUAUUUGUAUGGGGUCUGCUAUCCUUUGCCAUCCCCUGGACCACAUUGACUCUUGGGACAAACUAUGAUUAGGUCUGUCACCAAACUUUUUCUAAUCAUGCUUUAUUUAUCAUUCUUCUUUUCAAGUCUGUUAGCAGUUAUCUCCCAGAAGUGUCCCCAGCAUCCUGGAGUAGAGCUGAAAGAGGGGAUGCUAGUGGAGGGGAAAGGAGAGAGGACAAGCGUUGAUGCUGCAGCAGAAUUCCAGGGUAGAUGCUGACAAGUUACUGAACUUUGACUGUGAAGUCUUCCCAUUUAUUUUUGAAAUGGGAGGUGAUGCCUUUUGUACAAUGUUAUCAAAGUGUGUCUUUUUUUUCCCCCCUUACUCAUACAUAGAGCAUCAAAAUAUCACAAGGAAAGCCAAACCCCAGCUUUUCACUGGGGCUGAUAUCUUCCUCCCCAUGACCUGCUGCCCCUCAUACCCUCAGCAUUUGGACUGUGUCACAUGGAUACUGAUUGUAUAUUUGUCGUCUUGGCCUCAUGAAUAUAGGCCCAGGUCUAGAUCUAGUCAGAUGGGUUUUCUUCUUCAGAGCAUUUUGAUGACACAGCACUUGUUUAAAUGUCUUUGCCUUAUACAUUAUUUGGUCCCACUGUUAAUAUUAGAUAUAUUAUCAUGUAUAUUUACUAUUGAAGAUGGGAA